GCAGAAGGUACAAGUAGGAAAGGCAAACACACACGCCUCAACCAAAUUUCCCGUGGAUUUUGUUUCGACUUCUUCAAUCUGCUAAAAACCCCGGUUACCAAAAAGCUGAUGGAUGCAAAGAAUGGGCCGGUUCUUGAUGUAUCAGUUGUUGGCCAGCAAGAAACCAGCGCCGGUGCGUCCCAAGUGGAGAGCUUGAAUCAAAGUGUUGAUGAAAUGUUUGUAAAAGUUGAUCAGCUUGAGCAAAAACUAGUUGAGGUUGAACAGUUUUACUCCAGUUCAAAUACAAAGCAUCCUAACACUCCAAAAGGUGGCUCCAAUCUGAAGGACAAAGAUAGUGAGAAAUUUCUUGCAAGCUUUAAGAAGAGGCAGCAAGAUGCAGCUCGUAGGGAAGCAGCUGCUGCUAAGAGAAUGCAAGAGCUGAUGCGCCAAUUUGGAACAAUAUUGCGUCAGAUAACUCAACACAAGUGGUCCGGACCAUUUAUGCAGCCUGUGGACGUGGUAGGUCUUGGUUUGCAUGACUACUAUGAGGUUAUUGAGAAGCCUAUGGACUUCAGCACUAUAAAAAGCAAAAUGGAGGCCAAGGAUGGUACUGGUUAUAAGAAUGUUCGAGAGAUAUGUGCAGAUGUGAGGCUGAUAUUUAAGAAUGCAAUGAAAUAUAACGAGGAAAGGGAUGACGUCCAUGUUAUGGCCAGAACUUUGUUGGAUAAGUUUGAGACGAAGUGGCUACAACUUUUGCCAAAAGUUGAUGAAGAGGAAAAAAGGCGGAAAGAAGAAGAAGCUGAAAUGCAACAAGAUAUGCAGCUUGCUCAAGAGGCUGCUCAUGCCAAAAUGGCUAGAGAUUUAAGCUUUGAGCUGGAUGAGAUUGACACGCAUCUGGAAAAACUUAGAGAAACGGUACUUCAAAAGUGCAGAAAGAUGACAACCGAAGAGAAGAAACGACUCGGGAGCGCUAUCACACGGUUAUCCCCCGAGGACAUCAACAAGGCUCUAGAAAUUGUUGCCAAGAGCAACCCUAAAUUCCAAUCAGCCGGAGAAACAGUGGAAGUCGACAUCGACGCUCAGAGCGAGUCGACCUUAUGGAAACUGAAGUUCUUCGUCAAAGACACGCUGCAAGCGCAGAUAAAGAGUUCGCCCAGCACUGGAGGAAACAACAACGGCGAAAACAACCAAAACAGCAACAACAGAAGAAAACGAGAGAUAUGCGAUGCCUUAGCCAAAACUUCUCAGAAGAAGAGCAAAAAGCUUCCCACUUGAAAAUAUCAUGUCAUCAAAGCAUAUAUGGCAUUCCAUGUAAAUGUUGAUUUUGCAUUGUAUAGGUUACUUUAAGAAGUUUGCAACCCUGUUUUAUGUUGAAACUACAUAUGUUGCCUUUUUUCUUGUUAAUGCCUAUAUAUUUUAUUUUAAGGAAUCAAAAGUUGUAGAUGGAAAUCAAUCAGAGGUUGUUAGUGAGUGAGGGGAUGAUCAUACUUGAAGGGAUUUGGAGCAUUGUGUGUGGCUGUAGUGGAGCAACAUUGUUAUCAUACUUGAAGCUUCUGGAAUGUUCCCAAAUUUAAAUUAGAAUAGUUGCAGCUGCUUUGUCUCUUGAAGAAAGUCAAAAGUAAAGAGAGAGAGUCAAUAUGGAAA